AUGGCGGACGCUGCUGAUAGCUGCAAUGGCGACCCCGUCGAUCUCGGCCGCAAGGGCCUUCGAAUCGGCGCCAUCUUCAUCAUCAUGGCCUCUUCGCUCAUCGGCGCCAUGUCCCCUAUCAUUCUGGCACGACAGAAGAAGAUUGCCGUCCCCAAGUUCGCCUUCUUCAUCUGCAAGUUUGUCGGUACCGGUGUUAUUAUAGCGACGGCCUUUAUGCACCUGCUGGUACCCGCCGUCGAGAACUUGACCGACCCUUGUCUCGAGGACCGGCUUGAUGGAUAUGAUUGGGCUGAGGCGAUUGCUCUCAUGACUGUCAUUGUCAUGUUCUUUUUUGAGAUGCUCGCUACUAGGUUGACCAACGAUGAUAUGGAGCACAACCACAAGACGGACAUCGAUACCGACCUUGACCCUGCUAUGGAUGUCGCCAAAAAGUCGAUCAGCCCCAAGGCCGAGGGACUCAAGCAGGCCACUGAUGUCGAGAUGGGUCAGCGACAGCCUGGUUUUGCCCCUGUUGGUGAUAGCCACCUUGCCCAUGGUCGAGAGCACAAGGAGGGUGAUUCUCAGGGUGGUCUCGCUGGUCAGCUUCUCGGCAUCUUUAUCCUCGAGUUCGGUGUUGUGUUCCACAGUAUCUUCAUCGGUCUCACCCUCGGAACCAUUGGCACCGACGAACUCAACGUUCUUCUCAUCGUCCUCGUCUUCCACCAGAUGUUCGAGGGUCUCGGUCUCGGCUCCCGACUGGCUGUCGCUCCCUGGCCAAGCAACCGUCAGUGGAUGCCCUACCUCCUCGGCUUCAUCUUUGCGCUGUCUACUCCCAUCGGUAUCGCUGCUGGAAUUGGCGCCAAGCCCAACAACGCCAGCGACCAGAAGCUCGUCAACGGUAUUUUCGAUGCCAUCAGUGCUGGUAUCUUGAUCUACACCGGUCUGGUUGAGCUCCUGGCCCACGAGUUCAUGUUCAACCCCUACAUGCGCCGCGCCCCUCUCAAGAUCCUGUUGACUGCAUUUGCCUGCGUCGCUUUUGGUGUUGCCGUCAUGGCUGUCCUUGCCAAGUGGGCUUAA